UAGAAUAGGGUGGAGUGUAUAAGGGUGUGAAGACUAAAAACCUGUGAAACCCAAGAAGUUACUUAGUGAAAUCAAACUCAAUACUUUUCUGUGUAGCUGAACAAAAGUGACUUAAACGUGAGUAUUGAACAACAUCGUAAGAGAUUAGUGAUACAUUAACAGAUAUCUGUAGUUACAGCUGUGAAAAGCGCUGUACACAGGAAUGUUUGGAUGAAACAAAUCUCCAGGUUUGCCCGAGGGGACAGCAGCAGCUAGACAAGAAUGUCUGGCUCGGGCUGGUAGAUAAAUGUGGCAAACUGCUCCGCCCUCUUGGCGGGAAAGAGGUCUUACCAUCCCACCUGGGCCCUUGACUUCUUUUAGGGGCGGGAUUAUUAUACUCCGCCUACUUCUCCUGUUUCUCCUGUUUAAUCCUUCUGUUCAUGCUCAGAGUAUAGAGCAGGCGAAAUUUAAAAUUACAGAAGAAGUUGAUGUUGGAACUGUAGUUGGAAGAAUCGUAACAAAACCCGGUUUCACUUACACUUUCAAUCAGGAUAUAAAGGAGUUUUCCGUCAACCCAAACUCCGGGGAGAUCAGAACCCAAUCCAGGAUAGAUAGGGAAUCUUUAAAGGAUGGAGUUUUUGAUCUUAUCAUAAUAUCUAGCUCACCUACUUACCCUAUACAGGUUACAAUAGAAGUACUGGAUAUUAAUGACAAUCCUCCGACAUUUGCCUCCAACUACGCCCAGCUCACAUUCUCAGAGAGCUCUACAAUAGGUUCUCGAGUUAUCCUGGAUAUAGCUUUGGAUAAAGAUGAAGGAGAAAAUAGUGUAAUCAAGGAGUAUUUUAUAUCCUCAGGAAACGAAGAUGGAAAGUUUGCGUUGAAACGUGAUGACAACCCAACAAGUCAGAGCUACUACCUGUACCUGGAGACUGUAGAACUACUUGAUGCUGAGAAGACUGAGAAUUAUAUUCUUAAUAUUACAGCUGUAGACGGUGGAACCCCAUCUCUUCAAGGAUCUACUGUAUUAUCUAUAUCUAUUCUGGAUAUCAACGACAAUGCUCCUGUAUUUGAUAAACCUGAAUACCAAACAACUAUUAAUGAAACAUCACCGAGUGGAUCAUUUGUAAUACAGGUGAACGCUGUUGACCAGGAUUCCGGGGAGAAUGCCAGGAUAACCUACAGCCUGCAGUCCGGACUACUAGACUCAGAUACCUUUAGUAUAGACGGAGAUACCGGAGUAAUUACCCUGACUAAACCUCCGUCCUGCUCCGAUGGAACCUGUCAGAUUAUAGUUGUUGCUAGAGAUCACGGGGCUCCGAACCAGGACUCCCAAUGUACGGUGAUUGUCCAACUGCUCGACGCUAACGACCAUUCACCCCAGAUAACUUUCCGAUAUUUCCCGGACCAAACCGCAAAAUUUGCAACCGUCGAGGAGAAUGCAAAAGCCGGUUCUCUCGUGGCAGCCAUCACCGUUACUGAUCAGGAUAAAGGCGGGAACGGGAAGACAGAAUUGCGGAUUACGAGCGGAAAUGAGUUCGGACAUUUUCGUCUUGAUUCCCGAGGAGAUAUUCACAUUGUUCGGGUUCAGACGGAGCUUGAUAGAGAAACAACAAGGAAAUUAUCAUCUUUACACUUUUCUCUAAAAAUUCCAAUUACGGAGUGGACUUCUACUAGUCAUCUGAUCAUAUACGUCAACGACAUCAACGACCAUUCCCCCGUGUUUACCGAAUCUGUGUACACCGCCGUUCUACCCGAGUCUGCCCCCAUCGGUAGCUUUGUGUCCGCCCCCCUGGCAGUUGAUGAGGAUAGUGGAGUUAAUAGUAAUAUUUAUUACAGUAUUAUUAGCGGUAAUGAUUUCCAGUGGUUCGAUAUUCAGCAUAGUUCAGGGCUCAUCACCACCAGAAUGCAGUUGGAUCGUGAAAGACGUGAAAGCGUAGUUCUAAGCGUAUCAGCUCGAGAUGGAGGAACUAGUCCUAAAUAUGCCAAUGCAACCGUUGAAAUUAACAUCCUUGAUGUCAAUGACAUUUCACCAGUCUUUCCAUCGGAGUCCAUUGAGGUCUCUCUGACGGAACAUUCUAAGAUCGGAACUAAAAUUGCCACACUAGCAGCAGUAGACAAGGAUAAGGGUGAAAAUGGUACCAUCAGAUACUCAAUUGUGAACAGUGAGCAUUCCAGUGAUUUUCAAAUUGAUCAAAAAACUGGAGAUCUAACAGUUAACUCUGACAUUGAUCGUGAAAGGAUCGGAGAAUAUGAUCUCCAAGUGACCGCUGCAGAUCUAGGUCGACCUCCUCUGACCUCUACUGCUGUAGUGAAGGUCAAGGUCGAGGAUAUCAAUGACAAUUCUCCAAAAUUCUACCCACAACGAUAUUUUGUUGUUCUCCAAUCUGAUUUCUCUGAAGAGGAGGUGAUUGUGCAACUGAUUGCAACGGAUAGUGAUGUAGGAGUCAAUGCUGAAAUAAGUUAUGAAAUUGAAGAAGGAAGCUCUACAUUGUUUAAGCUUGAGAGCAAUACUGGAAAACUCUUUAUUAAUAAACCUCUGAAAGAAUUGAAGGAAAGUAUGUAUGUACUCUCAAUAUCUGGAAAGGACGGGAAAGGACGGAAAUCUGUUGAAUCUGCUCAAGUAGAAAUCCACAUUGACAAAGAUAAUCUAGAAUAUCUCAGCUGUACUGAAGACCUUUACAGGUUUGAGAUAAAAGAGGAUUCUAGCCUAGUUGAUCCCCAGCUUGGAAGACAGGUUGGAUCAAUUACUCUGGGUACUUCAACCCUAUCUGAUCUUGAAUAUAUCAUCUCAGACGGGGAUCAAGAUGGAGUGUUUUCCAUCAGCAAACAAGCUGGAGUAAUUAUAACUGGAAAACCUUUAGACCGAGAGCUAAAGGAUAAAUAUAUACUAAAGAUCAAUAUUAAAUCAUUAUCUAGAACUAUUAGUUCUGUCUGUAUUGCUGAGAUUUAUAUCCUUGAUGUGAAUGAUAACGAACCAAUUAUACUUAAUCCUAAUAGGAUUCAGAUAUUUGAGGAUGCACCAGUUCAUGAAAUCAUGAGCACAAUCUCGGUCAAGGAUCCGGACCAGGGGCAGAAUGCAGUUCAUGAGUUUAGAUUAACUUCAAGAAAUGAGUUCUUCGAAAUAAGUCCAGUAACAGGAGCCAUCAAGGUUUCUAGACCUCUGAAGGAAAGCCAGGAGAAACAAAUAACAUUGGAGAUUGAAGUUAAUGAUCUUGGGAAACCUCAGCUUAAAUCUGAUUUUAAACUUCUGAUCGACAUAGUUGAUGUCAACGACCACACUCCAUAUUUUGAUCAGGAGAGCUUCGAACUAUCUGUUCCUGAAGAUAUUCUUGUCAACUCUAAACUCUAUCAUCUGAAGGCUACUGAUGAUGAUGUUGGUGCAAAUGGCCGAAUUGAUUACAAAAUCAUGGCAGGGGAUAACAAUACAUUUGGGAUUUUUCCAGAUGGAAAUAUUUACCUAAAGAUGGAGUUGGAUAGAGAAAAGAACGAUUAUUAUUCUCUAACAGUGGGUGCUAAUGAUAAUGGGUCUCCUGCUCGAUCAUCAACGUUAACCUUGACAAUUCACGUCUCUGAUAUUAAUGAUAACUCCCCAAAGUUUGUGAAUCCAAGAUAUGAAUUCAGCGUACGGGAGAACGAGGGGGAGAAUACAUAUAUUGGUAAAAUCCAUGCUGAGGAUAAGGAUAUAGGUCGGAAUGCUGAACUGUCCUAUAGUCUGGAAGAAAAUCAGAAAUAUUUCCAGGUUGAAUCUAAAACUGGGUUUAUUCUCACAAAAACAUCAUUGGACCGGGAGAAGUUAAUAACAGAACUUGGCACAGACACAGUUUCAUUUGAAGUCCUAGUCAGAGACAACGGGUUACCCAGGAACGUUGACAGCGCAUCAGUAACAGUUCAAGUCUUUGAUGAGAACGACAAUGUUCCAACCUUUGCCAGUGACAACUAUGUUGCACGUAUAUCUGAGACUGCGGAGGUUGGAAGUGAAUUAAAGGCUGUGUUUGCAGCAGAUUCCGAUCUCGGAGAGAACGGGAAAGUGAGCUAUUCAAUCACAGGGGGAGACAAGACACAUCGUUUCAAGAUUAACUCAACAAAUGGGAUAAUUAACCUUGUAAACAAGUUAGACCGUGAGGAUAAAUCAACCUAUGUUCUCUCUGUACUUGCUCAAGACGGUGGACAGCCGAUGAAAUCAAGUAUAUCGACCCUAACCGUGUAUGUUCUAGAUGAGAAUGAUAACAAGCCCCGGAUUACUAACACUGAUCUGGUGCUCACCCUACCGGAAGAUACAAAUGUGGGACAACAGGUCUUCAGAUUCUACGCUGAAGAUGAAGAUCUAGGAGAGAAUGCAGAAAUCAGGUUUUAUCUCUCGGAUGGAAGUUAUCAGAGAUCUUUCCGGCUGGAUCCGUUCUCCGGUAUUCUCUAUCUACAGAAACCUCUGGAUUUUGAGAAAGAUAGCACUCUUGUUCUAAAAGUGCGGGCAACCGACCAAGGCCUGCCCCAACUAAGUGACACAGUGACUCUGCAAAUAAAAGUUAAAGAUGUGAAUGACAAUGCCCCAAAGUUCCCAAACACUGCAAUAGUUCGUCAAAUCCCUGAAGGGAUUGGUCUUGAUACUCCAAUACUAACUAUUGAAGCAGAAGAUGAGGAUAGCGGGAAGAAUGGAAAGAUUGAAUACUCCCUGGCAGGGUAUGAAGCAGGUUCUGCUGAAAAAUUUGUGAUAGACCGACUAUCCGGAGUGAUUAAAACAGUUGGAAACAUUGAUCGAGAAGAGAUAGAUACAUACAGGUUUACUGUAGUAGCUACAGAUAUGGCGGUUCCAGCUUCUGCCAGAUUGUCAUCUGAGAAAAUCAUUACUAUUAUCAUUGAGGAUAUCAACGAUAAUACUCCAGAGUUUGAGUCUGUUCCUGUUGGUAUCCUACACCUUGGAACCCAAAUUGGAGAUAAGAUCGUGACGGUUCGUGCAUCCGAUCAAGAUACAAACUCUAAUGGUCUGGUCACCUACAGACUCCAGGAGGAAUCAUUCCUAUUCAGCAUAGAUCACUAUAGUGGAGAAAUAAGUCUGCAGAACCGUCCUGAGACUCUGGAUCCUGAAUAUAAACUAGUUGUGGUUGCAUCAGACGAAGCUGUGCAGAGUGAACGCAGAUCCUCAACUGCUACCAUUAUUAUCCUGGGACUGGAGAAGGAUGAAGAGGGAGCAGGGUUUGUGGAGAAGGAGUACUCAGUAAACCUGCAAGAGGAGAGCGGAGAAGGGGUUUCUCUGAUCAAGGUUUCUCUCAGGGAUGAAUCAACUGCUAAGUUUUACAUAAUCAAAACAGAAUCUGAAGGAGGAAACAACAAAAACCUGUUUAGGAUUGAUGAUUCUACUGGAGAAAUAUUCACAAGUGGAAACAUAGACCGUGAGAAGCAUGGGGUCAAAUUUAUUCUUCAACUCAUGGCUAUUCAAGAUGGAGGAAACUCAGCCUGCAAGGUUAUUGUGUACAUAGAGGACAUUAAUGACACGCCACCUCGGUAUGAGAUGUCCCCUUCCAUCCUGUUCUCUGAGAACACCUUGCCCGGGGAGUUGGUGACCACAAUCACGGUUGUUGAUGCAGACAAGGAUGGAACUAUCAAGUUCUCUCUGAUAUCAGGGGAUACAGAGAUAUUCAAUCUAGACGAGAACUCAGGAGUUCUAAGCCUGGGUUCUGGUGUGGAUAGGGAGAAGCGAAGUAUAUACCGGUUAGGUGUACGGGCUACAGAUGGUAUUCAGUAUUCAGAUAUUAAUCUACUACUCACGGUUGAGGAUGAGAAUGAUAAUAUACCGGAGUUUACCAGCAACAUUUUCUCAUUCGAAUUAUAUGAAACUUCACCAAAGGGAACACUGGUUGGAAAAGUCGCCGCUAAAGACCCAGAUUUAGAUCAAAACUCGUUAAUCAACUACGCAAUCAUCACUGAAUGGGGGAACGAAGUUUUCUCCCUAGAUCCUGCUUCAGGAAUAUUUACACUAACCUCUGAACUGGAUUAUGAGAGGAACGAGCAAUAUAUAUUUGUUGUAUCUGGAGCUGAUAAUGGAACACCACAACUUAGUUCUACUGUGACGGUCUACAUAAAUGUGAAAGAUAUAAACGACAACAGUCCAGAGUUCUCUAGUCCAAGCUAUUCUGCUACAGUUGAUGAGAAUGUACCUAUUGGUGGGAGUGUACUCGAUGUACUGGCUACUGAUGCUGAUAGUGGAGAUAACGGGAGGAUACAGUACACAAUUAUAGGUGAAUCGGAGGAAUACUUUUCAAUGCUUGACAACGGAACCCUUGUUACUAAACGAGCCCUCGACAGAGAAGAAAAAUCCUCCUUUUCCUUUAUCGUGAAGGCGGUGGAUGGUGGUAAGGCGGGCAUAGGUCGCAACUCUGCCACAGCUACGGUCAAGCUUGAUCUUGAGGACAUUAACGAUUCCGUCCCGAUGUUCACCUCACCGCCGGACGGUUUUGUUACAGAGAACCAACCGCCGAACACUAUCGUUAUGUCCGUUACAACUAUAGACAGAGAUUCAGGACCGAACGCAGACAUAGAAUACUUUGUAACGAGUUCGGAUUCCGAUAAUUUCGAUAUCGGUCGGCUGGACGGAAUACUGAGAACCAAGGCUGUGUUGGAUAGGGAGAAGAAGGAGUUGUUCUACGUGACUAUCACCGCUAUGGAUAUGGGUAAGCCACGCCUCUCUACAAGUAUGGAGGUUAAGAUCCAUGUUGUUGAUACCAACGACAAUACGCCAAUGUUUAACCCAAAGCUGUACAGUACAACUGUACUAGAAAAUGCAACUAUAGGACAAAAUAUUCUCCAAACCACUGCAUUCGAUGAUGAUGAAGCACUCAAUGGUGCAAUACGAUACACAAUCGUCUCAGGGGAUAAGAGUCGAGAUUUCGCGAUCGGAGAACACUCAGGAGUCCUGCGCGUGAACCGGAAGUUGGAUUUUGAGCGGAAGAAUGCAUAUCAGCUGACAAUACAGGCGGAGGAUGCUGGAAACCCGGUCAAAUAUGAUACUGCGUCUGUCAGUAUCUACAUUGAGGAUGUUAAUGAUAGUCCUCCAACCUUCAGGCAUUCACCUUACUUAGCCAAGGUCAUCGAGAACCAAGCUGACCUACCCAGCCAAGAAACAUAUGAAAACCGGUUUUCAAUCAACAGCAGUACAGGAGAUAUAUUCCUGCACUCUGUACUAGACCGUGAGCUGGAUCCUGUGUAUACUUUACAAGUUGUCGCUGUUGACACAGGAUAUCCCCGAUUGUCUAGUACAGGAACUCUAAGCGUCCUUGUGGAGGAUGUAAACGAUAAUGCUCCAUCCUUCCCUCAGAGUAGAUACUCCUUGGAGGUCGAGGAGAACAGGGAGGAUAACAUAGCCCCCAUACUACACCUUGGGGCGGUAGACAGGGACUUAGGGACAAAUAGUCUCAUCAGGUAUAGACUUGAGGGAGAGGAUGCUAGUUCGUUCCGAGUAGAUGAAUCCGGUAACCUAUAUCCGAACUGGAGAUUUGAUCGCGAGCUCAGAGAUCUCUACGAGCUGGUGGUGGUGGCUGAAGACUCAGGUGAGGACGUGAGGUUGUCCUCUAGUGCUGAGCUAAGUAUCCGUAUUCUCGAUCUCAAUGAUAAUCCUCCGGAACUACGGAACGGAGGAACUGUUUUAAUUCCUGCAGAUCUUCAACGAGGAGAUAUGGUUUAUAAAUUGGACGGAUUUGACCCUGACGAAGGAGUAAAUGGUCAGCUCACCUACCAGAUAACAGGUCCAGAUUCUUCCAAGUUCCUCCUAGAUCCAGAUACUGGUCUCAUCACUGCUUUAAACCCUCUAGACUUGGAGCAAACCUACACAUUAGACCUGGAGAUAAGGGAUAAAGGUUCCCCACAGCUCUCUGCUAAAUCCGUCCUGAAACUCCAGACUGCUGAGAGAAGCCUGUUCCCUGUGUUCUCUAGUCCUGUAUCCGAGAUUAGGAUACCAGAGAACCAGGAGGAGGUGGAACUACCUCAAGUAGAAGCUAACUCACUCAGCUCACAGGAUUUAAGUUACUCCAUCUCAGCUGGAGACCGUUACAAUAGUUUCAGCAUAGAUUCAACACUUGGAAAACUUAGAAUCAAGAAACCACUCGACUAUGAGCAGGGAGCUGAGUUUGAUCUGUAUAUAUCAGCAUUUGACAGUGGACGAGCCGAUUACCAAACCUAUCAUAAGCUCCAUGUUCAAGUUGAAGAUGAAAACGAUAAUGCUCCUGUCUUUACUGAAGGUCUCUACCUAGGAGAGGUUCUUGAGGAAACCUUCCCUCCGGUUACAGUCACCAAGGUGCUCGCCAUCGAUCUGGACGUGAGCAGCAAACUCAAGUACUCCAUCAAGGACGAGAAGUAUAAGGAGUUCUUCGAGAUCAACCCUUCAACCGGGGAGAUAACCACCAUUGCCAAGCUUGACAGGGAGAACCAGGAGAUGUUUGAGUUUACUGUUGAAGCCACAGAUGAUGGAAGUAAAUUUCUGAGUGGUUCAACUCUUAUCCGGGUCUUGGUUCAGGAUAUUAAUGACAAUCCUCCCAGAUUUACUAGGAUUCUCUCUAUCAAUAUUACUGAGGAUUCUCCUGUUGGAUCCGUCCUGGCCACUGUUCAAACUGUUGACAAAGAUAUCGGUGAGAAUGCCAAAGUAAGAUAUGAGUUUAGUGAGAAUGCAGAUGGUAAGUUUGAAAUCAAUCCUGAGACUGGUGAUCUUAUCCUUGUUGAAGGGUUGGAUAGAGAGACAAAGGAUGAAUAUCUUCUGAAAGUUGUUGCUACUGAUGGAGCCUGGAGAGCUGAAACUACAGUUGGGAUCACAGUGCAGGAUAUAAAUGAUAAUAUACCAAGCUUUGAACAGACAAACUAUCUAUUCAUGAUUCCGACAACAACACAAAAUUUUGUAGUUAUUGGCAGAGUUAUCGCAGAAGAUUCUGAUGAUAUCGGACCAAACUCCCAAAUUAUCUAUUCAUUUAGGGAAUCUUCUGAGUUCUUUAGCAUUGAUUCUACAUCUGGAGAAAUCUUAACACGGAGAAAGCUUGAAAACUACAAUACAACCCGAACUCGAACUGUUGAGAAUGAAUACCUUCUCCAGGUUAUUGCUAUGGAUAACGGACAACCACCCCUAAGCUCUGUGUGCCAUGUUAAAGUUCUCCUUAUGGAUGAAAAUCUGAAUAAACCUGUGUUUGUGAAGAAAGAUUAUACAACUGCUAUCUCCAGCUCUGCUCAACCUGGAGCUAAAGUUGUACAAGUAAAAGCAGUGGAUGAUUUCGAUACAGGGCUCAACGCUGAAAUUGAAUAUAUCUUGGACGAAAGUUUAGAUGCCGAGCACUUUGAGAUUAACUCUGUGAAUGGAUGGAUUAAUCUCAAGAAGGAUAUUGAACCCAAGGUUUACAAUUUAAAAGUUAUAGCACAGGAUCAAGGUGUACCUCAGCUCAGUGCAGAGAUGGUUGUCAAGAUUAUGCCAAGCGGAGAGAACCGUCAUGCUCCAGUUUUCUCUGUGACUAGUACGCAGAUCAUUAUACCGGAGAAUGAACCAAUUGGAACCUCUAUCAUUCAACUCAAAGCUUCUGAUAAAGAUGAAGGGAUUGACGGGAUAGUUCGUUAUGGAAUUAUUGGUGGGAAUGAGAAUGAUAUGUUUGAUGUUGAUGAGAUCUCUGGAAAGAUUUUAAUCAAGAAACCCCUGGAUUUUGAUGUCGAGAAUGGAUAUAUACUGGAAGUGGUUGCUCGGGAUCUUGGAUCGGCUCCAAAGGCCUCAAAUGCUACUCUAAAUAUAAACCUGACAGAUGUUAAUGAUAAUGUGCCUUUCUUCCAGCAAUCAGAGUAUGAUGCAUAUCUAGAAGAAAAUCAACCUGCUGGGACAGAUAUAAUUAGGAUGGAAGCUGUAGACCUAGAUUCACCCCGGUACGCUGCAGUCAUUUAUUCAAUUGUUGAACCCGACAUGUCUCAAUAUUUUGAGAUUGAUACGGAAACCGGGCUCAUCAGAUCCAAACAGUCCUUUGAUUUUGAGAAACUGUCUGAAUACAUGAUGCAUGUGUCUGCCAAGAACCCUGAUUCUGAAGAGUCGAAUACAACCCUUCUUGUGAUUCAUAUUACGGGCUCUAAUGAGUUUUAUCCAAAGUUCCAGCAACCGGUCUUCCAGUUUUCUGUAUCUGAAUCUGCUGUACCGGAUACUGCAGUGGGCCAGGUGGUUGCCCUGGACCAGGAUUCAGGUCCUGAGGGGGAUAUCUACUAUUUCCUUGUCGGACAAAGCAAUGAUCUUGGGUUCUACAUUGAGAAGAAGUCUGGAAUUAUUUAUGUCAAGAAGAUUCUGGAUCGAGAGUUCCAGAAUAGAUUUGUUCUCACAAUCCUUGCCAAGAAUGAAGGCAGUAUACAGGGUAAUGACACAGACGAAGCUCAGGUUAUUAUCCAGGUACAGGACGGUAAUGAUCCUCCUGUCUUUAGGAAGGAUAUCUAUGAAGUUGAGGUUAAAGAGGAUAUCAAGCUGGGAUCUGUUGUUACUUCUGUCUCAGCAGUGGAUAGAGAUGUCAGGCCCAGAAACAGUCAGUUUAGUUACACUAUUAUUGAUGGAAAUGAGAGUGAAUCUUUUGAGAUCGAUCCUAACCUUGGAUCCAUCCAGACUAUCAAACAUCUGGACAGAGAAAAGGCUGAUCAGCAUAAACUUAUUAUUGGUGCCAUUGAUAACGGAUCUCCUCCCCAGACAGGAACCACCCAGGUUUUCAUAAAACUAAUCGAUAUAAACGAUAAUCCUCCCUCCCUAGAUAUAUUCAAUAGAAGAGGAACACUCAAGGAAAAUAGUCCAGAGAAAACUUUAGUUGCCAAACUUCAACCAAUUGAUGAAGAUUUGGCUCCCAAUGCUGGUCCUUUCCAUUUCCACCUAGUGGGAGGAAAACACCAAAAUUUCUUUGAGAUCGAUGAAUUGUCUGGAGAUAUAAGAUCUCUUGUGAGUGUUGACAGAGAGCUGACUCCUGAACUUGAGAUUGAGAUUGAAAUCUCAGAUUCUGGCACACCGGCAUUAUCCUCAAAAUACACCAUCACUAUUGAUGUCCUUGAUGAAAAUGAUAAUCCUUCAGAGCCCAGACUUCUCACCGUCAUUGUGCAAACUCUGAAUGGAGAUUUUGCUGGAGGGGUGGUUGCUCCAGUAAGGCCCAAAGAUCCUGAUACAACAGGGAACUAUGAUUGCAAGAUUAAAGAUGGUGCGACCAAACUGUUUCAAAUGAAGAAGGAUUGUUUCCUGCAUACUGGCCGCCUCAUGAAUGUGAAUAACUACAAUUUGACAAUAAUUGGCAAUGACGGGCUGCAUGACAGCGUAACCAGCCAAAUUUUCCUCACUUUUGACAAGUUUGAUGCAGUUGCACAAGACACGUCUCUUGUUAUUAGAAUAUUUGAAAACUUAGACCAUUCCAAGCUGGCUCGUGUGUUCAAGUUGAUAAAUUUCCAUCGUUCCGCGACAGGAUCUGUCCAGGUUCUGAGUAUUGUUAAGGAGGAGAAUGUGACAGAUUUCUUUGUGCUCAUGCGAGCUGACAACCAGUACAUUCAGAAGCAAAAAGUUGAGUCCGUGCUUCAAACAGAACUUUCUUUCGAUAAUGUUUUGCCAGGAGUAGAAGUCUCAGUGGGAUACAAUCCUUGUCAAUCUAACCCUUGUCAAAACAGUGGAUUCUGCUCAUCAAAUACACUCGUGGAAUCAGAAACAGUUAUAGUUGAAGCUGAAGAUAUUAUUCUAAACUCUCCCAAGUUUGUGCAGAGAGUAAAAUGUGACUGUCCGCAGAAUUUUGAAGGUGAAAGCUGUCAACUCAAAUCCAAUCCUUGUGAUCCCAACCCUUGUGAGACUGGAGCACAGUGUGUCCAGGUUGGAUAUGAAUUCAGCUGUUUAUGUCCUUCCUUCAGAACAGGAAAACAAUGCGAGCUGGAGAAAACCAACUCAUGUGACCAGAAUCCAUGUGAAAAUGGCGGAACAUGUCGGGAAUCUAAUUUGGGAACAUUCUUCUGUUUGUGUCGUCCGGGAUACCAAGGAAAUGUUUGUGAAAACUCUCUUGAUCCAUGUCAACCCAACCCCUGUCAGAACGGAGGAGAAUGUAUCUCUAAGAAACCAAAUUAUCAAUGCAAAUGUUUGGAUAACUUCUAUGGAGCCAAUUGUGAGCUUUCAACCUUUGGGUUUGGAGAACUGUCCUACAUGAAGUUCUCCUCCUUAGAUCCGAACACUAAUGAUAUCUCUAUAACGUUCUCUACCCUAAAACCAAACAGUUUACUUAUCUACAACUUUGGUCGACAGAGCGGGGGCAGGUCGGACUUCUUAGCAAUUGAGCUUAUUGAUGGUAAAGCAGUAUUUUCUUAUGGUGGAGCAAGGACAGCUAUCACUAAAAUUUCAGUCAACAAGUAUCUCAGCAAUGGUCGUUGGUACAAAGUAACAGCUACUAGAAAUAAUCGGGUUGCUUCACUAAGUAUUGAAGAUUGCACAGAAUCCGGGGAAUUUUGUAAACUUUGUCAGGCUGGAGACGAGAAAUGUUUUGCUAAAGAUAUUGGAGAAAGUGGAACUUUAAACUUCAACGGAAACCUUCUUUACUUCGGAGGUAUUGAUGAAGUUCAACCCAUUGUCUCCAGAGCCGGUCAAGUUAGUUCAGAUGAUUUUAUUGGAUGUGUCAAGAGUCUCACUAUUAACGGCCAGCAAAUGAACUUAAAGACUUCUUUUAUUGAAAGCCAUGAGAUUCUAGCGUCAUGUCCUAUACCUGGAAGUAUUUGCCGUAAUCACAACUGUUCCCCUGGGACUUGUACUGAAAUCAAUUGGAAACCAGUUUGUCAAUGCUCUGGCGGAGUUCUGUCUCAGGACUGUGAGAAGUCAUUGGAUCCUAUUUCUCUUGAGGCCAACGGAACCAUGUCUUUUAAGGUUUCAGAAUACCAUCGGAGAACCCAACUGUUUCAGACAAAAAAUCAUCUGAAAGAAUCCAACAGGACGGAGAAACAAGAAAUCGGGUUCAGUUUCCGAACAGAAACUCCGGUUGGACUGGUUUUCUCAGCUGAGACUGUGAGAAGCAGUGAGUAUACUAGCGUAUUUAUAAAGGAAGGAAAGCUUGUUUAUGAAACUAAGAAGAACUCGUUUCCUCUGAUCAAUGUUAGUUCCACAAAUGAUGUUAUUGACGGAGCCUGGCAUUUAGUUAGGAUUUCCAAAGAAGCUGGUGUAGUCCAGGUAUACCUGGAUGAAGAGCGGGUUGGAUAUGAUCUGGAGCAAGAGUCAACGCAUGAUUUUCUAGAUCCAUACCUUGCAAAAAUAACCUUCGGGGGAAAGAGAGAUUUCGAAGACAAAGGAUUCCGAGGCUGCCUUGUAAACUUCACUAUAAACGGAGUAGUUCAGUCCUAUCACGGAACUAAUCCUCUCUUUUCCAACACUACCCAGAGAGGAGGAGUAAACCACGAUUGCUUGCCCGGGUUCCUCAGCGUGACCGCGGGCAGCAACCCGGUCAAUGUCGGGGUUAUCAUCGUCAUUGUCUUCUUCAUUAUUCUUAUCUUUGCCAUCCUUGGGUCGUUCUUCGCGUUUAAGAUCAAGAAGAAGAAUUAUCAGAAAAUGCAGAAUAGAAGUGCAACAGAUUCUUCACUCAAUCAGAUUCUAAACAAUAAGGAAACGUUUAACCGUCCGAAGAAGAUGCCCUCCUCCCAGAAACCUGAUGUUAUAGAACGUGAUGUUGUUAACGAGAGUCCUUUAGGAUACUCUACUAGAGAUGAUCUACCAGACUACUCUGCUAGUAUGGUAAUGCAGGAACCUGAUCAACCUGAACACUAUGAUCUAGAGAACGCAAGCUCUAUAGCACCCUCGGAUAUAGAUAUUAUAUACCAUUACAAGGAUUAUAGGGAUGGGGGCCGGCAUGGACGAGAUCUUAAUAUGGAUCGAUGGGGCAAACUUAACCAUAAGAAUAACAGUAGUCCUAUCCGUCUCACCUCACUUAGUAAUAAUAAACUGCAGAGUACCCCCCUGGCAAGAUUAAGUCCUAGUAGUGAACUCUCUCAUCAAACUCCUCGUAUUCUCACCCUCCAGGAUAUCAGUGGAAAACCCUUACAGUCUGCCCUACUCCAGACACAGCACAGUAGGCACAGUCAGAGGAGUAUCAGGGAACCAAUCAGAAAUAUUAGUGAUAGCUCAGGCAGUGAUCUCAAUAGCUCGUCACGCGCGCGACGUCGUCGGAAAAAGCGCGGCGAGGAUCGGAAUAUUCAGUCCGGUCGAAACUCUAGUGUUAUGGACGGAAUGAGUGUGGACAGUAAAAAGAAGAAGUUUAACGAUCUGCUGGACACUAACACUGAUGUUCUUCAUGACGGAGACUCCAGUGAUAGUCCCAGUGAGAAUGAUUCCUUUACAUGUUCCGAAUACGAGUAUGAUGCUCCGUACAAUGGUAAAAAUCUGGAACCAGUUUCCGGAAGCAUUAACCCUGGUGGAAUGGUUUUCCGGAACCUGAAUCCUAGUGAUACAGAGAAGAAAGAUAUACUAGAGGGUCGAGGUUCCCUUUCCACAUUAAAUGUGAGUGAUGACGACCUCUCAGGACUCACCUCGCCAUCAGGACCAACAAGCUGGGAGGCAUUAUUGAACUGGAAUCCAACCUUCUCUACGUUUAGCGGAGUAUUCAAGGAUAUUGCUGAACUACCAGAUACUGACUGUGAUAUUAGGCCCAGCCCUCUUGGUGACGCACAACUAGAAGGAGAAGAAGAAGAAGAAUAUAUUUAAGCAUUUCUGCCUUUUGUACUUAAACCAUUGUAAUUAGUACAACAUAUCUUUACUCACGUACCUUAGUACAUUACCUUGAGAGUACAGCUACAUGUACUCAACCAAUCUAAAUAUGAAUUAUACAAUGCAUCUUGUGCCAAACUUUUAAAGAAAAUGCAUCUAAACUUAAACUUUUUAAA